AGCAAUUAGUUGUUUGGACUUUGCAGAGUUGAACAACCAGGACAGAAGGCAGUUGAAGGAAAAUCAUUACUAUUUUAGAUCAAUGAAAUAGAGCUAUCCAGUUUCUGCAGCUCUUGUUACUGGCGAAAAUAUAAUUUACACUGAUGGAUCCGGGCCACAAACAAAAAAAGAAGAUAUUUGCUGGGAUAAAACUGAAAAAGAAAAAAGAAGAGAAAGGUUUAUUUUUAGUAAACAAAGCCAUACUUGAUGAACAAGAUGACUCUGACAAUCGGCAGUCCAGUCCUGAAGCUACUUCAGAAGCCAUUGAUGACAUUCUCCCCAGCAGUUUCUCCAGUAAUAUUUCUCCCAGGAAAAGAUCAAAACCAGUUUCCAAAAUUCAACCUACAGAGAGCAGGGCUCAACAUUAUCAGAUUGCCAUUACAAUCACUGAGGGACGGCAGUUAGCUGGGGACAACAUCGACCCGAUGGUCAUAAUUGAAGUUGGGGAUGAGAAAAAACAAACGACAGUAAAAGAAGGAACUAAUUUCCCAUUCUACAAUGAGUACUUUGUCUUUGAUUACAUUGGCCCAGCAGAGAUACUAUUUGACAGAAUCAUUAAACUUUCGGUCUGGCAUUCCAAACUGAUCCGUGGAAUAGAGAUUGGAGCAUUUAAGAUGGAUGUUGGAACUGUUUAUAACGAGCCAGGGCAUUUUUUCGGCAAGAAGUGGGCACCUCUUAUCGAUCCCAGUGAUAUUAAAUCUGGGGUGAAAGGCUACCUUAAAUGUGACAUCUCUGUAACUGGGAAAGGUGAUGUGGUACAAAUGCCGCAGAAAACCAGCCAGGCAGCCGAGGAAGAGAUUGAGAAGAAUCUUCUCAUUCCGGCGGGGUUUCCAACUGAGAGGCCAUGGGCAUGCUUUUUUGUAAAGAUUUACAAAGCCCAGGGACUUCCGAAGAUGAAUUCAAGCCUUAUGGCAAAUGUAACAAAAGUAUUCAAGGGAGACAACAAGGAUUUUGUAGACCCAUAUGUUGUGGUCACUUUCUUUGGUCAAAAGGGUCGAACAUCAGUGCAUAAAAAUUGUGCCGAGCCCAUCUGGAAUGAACAAAUAAUUUUCAAAGAGAUGUUCCCUCCGUUCUGCCAGCGAGUCAGAGUUCAAGUCUGGGAUGAGGGAAAUGUGAAUGAUGUCGUGAUAGGUACUCAUUACAUCGAUCUGAAGAAAAUAUCAAACAAACAGGAUGGAGAUAAAGGAUUUUUGCCCACUUUUGGACCAGCGUGGAUCAAUCUAUAUGGCUCCUCCCAUAAUUAUAGCCUGAUGGAUGACAAUCAGGAGCUCAACGAAGGCUUUCGAGAAGGUGUAUCAUUCAGGGGCCGUCUUCUGAUUGAAAUUACUGUGGAGAUUCUGUCAGCAGGGUCUGCUGAUCCCAAAUUCUCAAAGAUAGCAAAGGACUUGAAGGCUAUGCCCAAAGAAUUGAAAUCGAGAAAAGUUCAGAAGACAUCUUGCAUCGAAGAAGAUUCCAAGCUUUCCAGCUCUACUGAGCAGUCAGAUUCGACUGAAGUUGAAGUGGAAUCAGUAAAGCCUUGUACAUGGAUCGACGAAGACACUGUCCAAUGUUUCCUUCUGUUCGGCACCUUUUUUGAAGCAACAAUGAUUGACAGGAAGCUUGGUGAAAAGCCAAUCAGUUUUGAGAUAUCAUUAGGGAAUUAUGGGAACAUUAUAGAUAGAGCCGCACCAUCUACACCAAGCAAAAAGUGGUCAGCAGGUGCAAAUGAAGAGGAAUCUACAUCUCUGCUGCAUGCCAUUGGAUCAGAUCAAGCCUUGGAAUCUGAUAGUCCAGUUACCAAACCUGUGAAGCCCCUGAUAAUGGAGGGCAAUAGGAGUUACUUCUACUUGCCACUUGGUAACAAGAAACCAUGCAUCUUUGUCAAGAGUUGCUGGGAGGACCAACUUUUCCGGUUGCAUAUUUCCAACUUCCUGGAUAAGAUUGCUGACUUGCUUGAAGAAAGGUUAGAAGAAAUCAAAGAUUGCAAAAAGAUUUCAAACUCUCGUGUGGAGAAGAAGACAAAAGAUGUCCUGAAUGAAUUUAUAGUCAGAUGCAGACAUUUUACUGCCUUUGGACAGACAGAUGGAAUUCAUCAGACACUGCUGGAUAAGAAACGACUCACCAUGUGCAGCCAAGAACUGGAGCUAAUGUCCCAAGAAGCCAGGGUAAUUGUUCAGAAAAGGAAGACAUCCCUGAAUGAGCAGCUGAAUGUGAUCCAGAGCUACAUACAAAGAUUGCGAUUCCUGGCAGAUGAGCCACAACAUACCAUCCCGGAUGUGUUUAUUUGGAUGCUCAGCAGUAACAAGAAAGUUGCAUAUGCUCGGAUUCCAGCUAAAGACAUCUUGUUUUCCGAGAAAGAGAACGAGAAAGGAAAGGAUUGUGGAAAAAUUAAAACGGUCUUUCUGAAAUUGCCAGGGAAGCAUAUCAUGGGCUGGACCAUACAAGCAAAAGUGGACUUAUAUCUGUGGUUGGGUCCGAUGAGACAUGCAGAUAAUAUUUUGGAAAACUUACCCAGUGGAUUUGAACCAGAAGUGCCAGCUUCAGGCACUGGCCUUCAAAUUUCCCCACCCCUCAGUAUUCUUUACAAAGCUCAGCAACUGUUUCAGCUCAGAUGCCACAUGUAUCAGGCGAAAGGGCUUCUGCCUGCUGACAGCAGUGGUCUUUCAGAUCCUUUUGCUAAAGUGACAUUUGUUUCACAAUGUCAGACAACUAAGGUUAUCAUGCAGACGUUAUCCCCCACCUGGGACCAGAUGCUGUUGUUCAGUAACAUCCAGCUUUAUGGUGACGUAACGGAAAUAAAUCAGGAUCCUCCCCUGGUGGUUGUUGAAGUUUAUGAUCAAGAUGCUGUUGGUAAAGCAGAAUACCUUGGCAGCACAGUGGCGCUUCCAAUUGUGCAUCUGGUUGGGCAGGCUUAUGUUCCGUCUGUACUUCGGUAUUACCCAGUGUACUAUGGCAGUGUACCUGGAGGCGAGCUUCUUGUGGCCUUUGAACUCCUGCAGCUCCCUGAUCCAGACAAUGAAGGUGAAGGCUUACCUCCUGUUGAUAAACCUGAUACAAAUCAGAUUUUGCCAGUGCCAGCCUAUAUCCGUCCUCUCCUGAGCAAGUACAAGGUGGAGGUGUUUUUCUGGGGUCUUCGUGAACUCAAGCGAGUGCAGCUCCUGGCGGUGGAUCGUCCUCAGGUUUUCAUUGAAUGUUCUGGGACAAUCAUCAAAUCUUCUGUCAUUCAGAAUUACAAGAAAAAUCCCAAUUUUACAGUGCAAACAGACAGUUUUGUUGUGGAACUACCUGAGAAUGAACACCUACAUUCAUCGCUCUGCAUUUCUGUUGUUGACUGGAGAGCAUUUGGCCGAAGCACUUUUAUUGGGACACACACAAUCAAUUCACUGAAGCAGUACAUUUGCAAACCUCAGCAUCGCCAUCCAACACGAAGCAGGACAAGGAUUGCCACUGAUGCUGCCGAUGCAGUGCAAAUGGAACACGGGAGACUGGAAAGCAGCAUGGAUGUAAGCAUUGAGAUAGAGAAGCCAUCUGCAUCCACAGGGUCGAGCACUUUCCAAUGCUUUCAGAAAAGAAGAUUAUCACAAAAGUUUACUUCUCGGAGGAAAAAGCCCUCCACUGACGACAGUGAAAGUGUUGUAGACUGGUGGUCAAAGUAUUACAGUUCUGUGGACAAAGCUCAAAAGGCAAAGCUGAAAGGUUCAAGCUCCAGUCAACACACCCAGGGAACUGAGAAUGUAUUUGAUGUACAUGAUGCUUUUGAUGAUGCUGGGAAGAGGAAGAAAGAUGAAUCAUUCCAUUGUGGGCAAAUGCAGAACUCUUCAUUAGCAACUCUGGAGGUCUAUGAAAAUGAAUUAGAAAAAGCAUUUGACAACUUUAACGAUUGGGUACAAACAUUUGACCUCUUCCGCGGCAAAGUGGGUGAAGAUGACCCAAGUGCAGAUGAUGAAAGAAUUGUUGGAAAGUUUAAGGGUUCAUUUUUCUUGUGGAAAUACACCGAUGAUGGCAAAACAGAAGAAGAGUACACAAUGCUGCAGAGAAUACCAUCCAACACCCUUGUUAAAGUCUUAGUCCGAGUCUAUAUUGUCGCAGCUGACAAUCUGCAUCCAGCAGAUCCUGAUGGAAGAGCUGAUCCAUACAUUGUCCUGCAGAUUGGGAAGACUGAAAUUAAGGAUCGUGACAAUUAUAUCCCGAAGCAGUUGAAUCCACUAUUUGGAAGGUCCUAUGAUAUUGAAGCUACAUUCCCAAUGGACUCUAUGCUCACAAUAGCAAUCUAUGACUUUGACACGAUUGGAAGAGAUGAUUUGAUUGGACAAACGAAGAUCGAUCUGGAGAACCGCUUUUAUAGCAAGCACAGAGCUACCUGUGGAUUACCCAGCAGAUACGAAAUAGAAGGUUACAAUGCCUGGCGUGAUGCCCUGAAACCAACAGCGAUCCUGACCAGAAUGUGCAGGGAAAAUGGAUUCCAAGGACCUUUCUUCAAAACGGGAGAGAUUGAAGUGCAAGGGAAAGUUUUUCAGGGCAAAACGACCUUUCUGGAGGAUGAUGAACUGGUGGUAUCCCAUGAGCACCUGGCUUUAAAUGUACUAAGACAGUGGUCAAGACUCCCUGGGACUGGAUAUAAGUUGGUUCCUGAACACGUUGAGACAAGGCCCCUCUACCAUUUUGACAAGCCCGGCAUUGAACAGGGCCGAGUUCAGAUGUGGGUGGACAUAUUCCCAUCGGAUAUGCCCCCUCCAGGGCCACCUGUUGAUAUUUCUCCUCGCAAGCCUAAGGGGUAUGAACUAAGAAUAAUUAUUUGGAAUACUGAAGAUGUUGCACUAGAAGAUCAGAAUAUUAUUACUGGUCAAAAAUCAAGUGACAUCUAUAUCAAGGGUUGGCUAAAAGGAAAAGAAGAAGAUAAGAAAGAAACAGAUGUACACUACAACUCUUUGACUGGGGAGGGAAAUUUCAACUGGCGUUUUAUUUUUCCUUUCAACUACUUACCUGCUGAGAGACUGAUGGUUAUAAACAAGAGACAUUCCAAUUUCUCCUUGCACAAGACAGAACGCAAAGUUCCUGCAGUCCUUGUACUUCAGGUCUGGGAUUUUGAUAGGCUUUCUUCUGAUGACUUUCUGGGGUCUGUGGAGCUGAAUCUGAAUGGAUUCCCUUGUGGUGCAAAAGUGGCCAAGAAAUGUGGCUUACAUAUGCUUGAAGAAGACUCUCAGAUUAAGCAUGUCUCAGCAUUUCAGCAAAAGCGUCUGCGGGGUUGGUGGCCAUUGGAAAAGUCUGGAGAACUCACAGGCAAAGUUCAAGCUGAAUUCCACCUGCUCACUGCUGAAGAGGCGGAAAAGAAUCCAGUCGGUAGUGGUCGUAAAGGACCAGAGCCUUUGGAGAAGCCCAACCGUCCCGAUACUUCUUUCAAUUGGUUUAUGAGACCUUUCAUAUGCGUCUAUUAUCUGAUCUGGAAGAACUACAAGAAGUAUAUCAUUAUUGGGUUUCUUUUGCUACUUUUAACAUUGUUUAUUGUAUUGUUGAUCUACUCACUGCCUUCUGCAGUAAGCUCAAGGAUAGUAAAUGGAUGAAAUUAAAUUUGAAUUGAAAUUGCUGGGAAGCACUUACUGACAUAUGUUCAGCCUAAGGCCAUGUUUUAGACUUCAGUUUCACGUUAUUAUAGUCAUAGAACUGUUUAAAUUAAAAAGUACUUCGUAAGUCACAAUAUUUUUAAUGAUUGGAUGAUUUUGCAACAAUACUUCAUUCUAUUUCUUUGCAAUUUUCAUGUGAAACUUUGAUAUGUUUUGAUGUAAUCUUCCUGAUUCACAAGAUUAUAAUAGAAGCCUAAAUUAAUCUAUUGUUGUGGUCCUAUCUCUGCAGAACUGUAUAUGAAAUACAAUGGUAAUAUUUUCAGCUGCAUUUUAGAGAGGACUGGCCAGUAUGUUGCAUGGACAAUGAUUUUGCUGUUUGUUUUACACCUCAAGUUUUGAUUAGUCAGUGUUAUAUAGAACAGUGCAGCACUGAACAGGCCAGUUGGCCCACGAUACUGUUUCAACCCUUUAACUUAGUUUAA